GGCUCCCGGGGAGACAGCAGGAGGCGGCGGCGACCCAGGCCCGAGCUCAGGUCCGUCCGGAUGGCCGCGCAGCGCCGGCCGGCGGGGUGCGCCGGGGAGCUCGCCCGCGGCGCCUCGGGCUCGGAGCGGCUCUGAGCCGUGCUGCCUGCGGAGAUCGGGAUCGAUCGACCUCGCCGUCCCGCGGAUCGGAUCGCGGGCAGGACCCCGAGGAGCAGCAGGCGGCGGCGGCGGCUGUCCCUCCGAAGGGCGAUGUGGCCGGCCGGCGCGGGCACCAAGCUGCCCUGCCCCCGCGACUCGGCGCUCCGGCGGGCGGCGUUCUCCGGGAACCUCACCGCCCUGCCUUCCCACCUCGUGCCCGCCGGCCGCAGCGUCCGGGUCUUCAUCAGCGCCAACCCCGAAGACACGGGAGCAGAAAGACAGGCACUAAGAGAAAAUGUGUAUCCUAAAUUGAGAGAAUUCUGCAGAGAAAAUUAUGGAUUAGAAUUUCAGGUCAUAGAUCUGUACUGGGGCGUGGACGAAGACGAGUGGGACAGCCCCGAGCUCCAGAAGGCCCGCAUGAAGCUGCUGGAGGAUUGUUUGAAAACUUCUGCAGGUCCAUGUUUUGUUGGACUAUUAGGGGAAAAAUAUGGGAACAUCCGGAUCCCCGGAGAAGUGGAGGCCUCCGAGUUUGAAAUGAUUUUGGACGCUGCCAUAGAGGCGAAGCUGGAGACCAAGUUACUGGAAGAGUGGUACUGUCGAGAUGAGAACUCGGUGCCAGCAGCUUAUUACCUCAGACCCAAGUCAGAAAUGCUGAAAGGCAAUAAAAAUGCAAUGCAGCCUUCUGCCCAUGCGGAGAAUGAGAAGACCUGGCAAGAGAUAUCAGAUGAGAUCAAAAAGAUAUUUAAGGCUUCUGUGAAACUGUUACACGAGCAGGGGAAAAUGAAGCACAGCCAAGCUAAGAGGUACCUGUUCUCAGCUAUAGAGGAUGAGUUUGACUUCGCUCUAGGCAAGCAGACUCCCGCCUUCCUGAAGAAGUGCGUCUGCUACAUUAGGAAAAUUGCUAACAUUGAGCGAUUCGUGAAGAUCCCAGAGAUGGGGAAAUACAUGGAUAUCACUGGGACAGACCCGAGGAUCAUCCGGGACCCAGAGGCCCAGGAGAAGCUGAUCAAACUCAGGGAUGAAUUUAUUCCUACGAUUGUUGCGUCCUCUAAUCUCAGAGUAUACACGUCGGUUACCCAUUGUGACAUGAAACUCGGCUACUCUCAGGAAAUAGAAAACCACUACAUAGAAGGCCUUGGCAAACAAUUUUACGAGGACAUGAUCGACAUAAUUCAGGCGACGGUGCAGCAGAACUUUGACACAGAGACUGAUACACUCUACGACGAAAUCCUCCAGCAUUCCUCGCUCUGUAAAACGUAUGCCUCUUUCUACGAGUACAAGUGCGAAUCCCUAACCAGAGUCCAUAAAUACAUCCUCCCAAGCAAAACCGGGCACAUCAACCCGCUUGUUGUAUAUGGUGGACCAUGCACGGGGAAGACGCUCCUGCUAGCCGAGGUGGCGAAGAAGGCUUAUGGCUGGCUACAGGAACACGCAGGACCAGAAUCAGACCCAGUAACAGUCGUGCGAUUCCUAGGAAGCACAGACAUGAGUACUGACCUCAGAACGCUCCUCCUGAGUGUUUGCGAACAGCUGGCAGUGAACUACCGGUGUCUGGUUCAAAACUACCCUAAGAAGAUUCAUGAUGUCCAUGACUUAUUCAUAAACCUCUUGAAUGAGUCUUCCCAGCAGAGGCCUCUGGUAAUAAUAUUCGACGCCCUAGAGCAGCUCUCAGAGAGCGACGAGGCCAGGAAGCUGUGGUGGCUCCCUGCUCACCUUCCCCGCUUCGUGCGGGUGGUCCUCUCCACACUGCCCAACAAACACGGGAUCCUGCAGAAACUAAGGUGCCUUAUCCACGAGGAAAACAACUACAUCGAGUUGAUUCCCCGGGACAGGAAGAUGUGCAGCCAGGUCCUCAAGCACCAGCUGCUGCGAGUCAAAAGGAAGGUCACCUCGGGCCAGCAGAUUUACGUGAACAACGCGUUCUCCAAGUGCACGCUGCCCAUGUUCGUGAACCUGACCUUCCGGGAGGUGAGGCACUGGAGGUCCCACAAAGAUGUCGACGAAUCCUCCCUCUGCGUCACCGUUCACGAGAGCAUAGAGCAGCUCUUCUGGUCCUUGGAGAGGAAGUGUGGUCAGAAGCUGGUCUCCAGGGCUCUCGGUUACAUCACCAUGGCCAAGAUGGGCCUGAGUGAGAUGGAACUGGAGGACGUGCUGGCCCUGGACAACAGCGUCAUGAACGAGCUCAAUGAGCACACCAGGCCCAGCAACCCCCUGAGAGUCCCUUACCUGUACAUCGCGAGGCUCAAGGAGGGUCUCAGUGGAUACCUAAUAGAAAGGCACGUGAAGAACGUCACGCUCCUGGUGUGGGCCAACAGGCACCUGCAGCUCAUAGCCCAGAAGCUGUACCUGAAGGAAGACAAUCACCUGCGCGAAAUGCACACCAUCCUGGCGGACUAUUUCCUGGGGGUGUGGUCGGGGGGCAGGAGGAAAGCCUUUGGCCUCGAAGACCCCUACUUGAACGGCUGCCUGGACUUGGAGAGCAGAAGCCUGCUAGAGGAAGAAAAGCACUUCAUGGAGCAGGCUUCGUUCGACAGGCAGGCCCCGGAGCAGCCCUGGGUUUUCCAGUGCAACCCCCUGGAGCCCGACAUCUUCUUCGUCAACCACCGGAAGAUGUCCGAGCUCUUGUACCACCUGACCAGGUGCGGGAAGACCGAUGACCUGCUGUACGGCAUCAUCAUGAACUUCAGCUGGCUGUACACCAUGAUCAAAAUCGGCCAGUUUGACAAAGUGCUCGCGGACAUCGAGCUGGCUUACAACUACUCGCAGGAGAAGGAGAUGAAGUUCCUGGCCAACACCCUCCGCAGCCUCCGGAGCAAGGUCAUCGCCUUUCCCGGCUCCCUUUCGGCAGAGCUCCAGCAACGGCUGCUGCCGGUCCUCAGCUCCCUGCCCAAGCUGAGACACCUCCUCCUGGAAUGUGACAAGGACGGGCCCAAAUACUGCUCCAUCGUGCCGCUCCACUCCUCCAUGGACGUGACCUACAGCCCUGAGCGUCUCCCCUUGGCGGCCAGUCACCUGCACGUCACCGAGAUCCUGCCUACUUGCAACCCCAGGACUGUCCUCAUGGCCCUGGAGAGCGGCUCCAUCAGCACCUGGGAUGUGGAGACGCGCCAGCUUCUCAGGCAAAUCACCACGGCCCAGUCCGUCAUCCUGGGCAUGAAACUCAGCAGCGACGAGAAGUACCUGGUGGUGGCCACGACCAAUAACACCUUGUUGAUUUAUGACAACAUCAAUUCCUGCCUCCUGUCCGAAGUGGAGAUCAAGGGGACCAAGCAUGGCAGCGGCUCCACCUACAUCAACGGGUUCACGCUGUCCGUCAACCACGCCCUGGCUUGGCUGGAGGCCAGCAAAGACGUCACCGUCAUCGACCUGCUCUACGGGUGGCCCCUCUACCAGUUCCACUGCUGGUACGAAGUGACGUGUGUCCGGUGCUCCCUGGACGGGACGUAUGCGUUCUGCGGGCAGUAUCUCAACACCACCACCAUCUUUCACUUGGGGAGCGGAGAGAAGCUAUGCACCGUGACAUCCGAGUUUUCGGGCGGCUUCGUGAAGUUCCUCCUCAUCCUGGACACGGCCCAGGAAAUGGUUAUGGUGGACAGCGAGGGGAGCCUUUCCGUCUGGAACACCGAGGACAUCGCCAGCCCCCAGCUGACCGACGACUUCGACUGCCGCCGGGAAGACAGCGAGGUGGUCAGCCUGGAGCUGUCGGAGGACCAGAGCGCGGUCCUGAUCUGCAAAGCCCUCGGCAUCGAGCUCCUGGACACGGGCCUGUGGAAGGUGGCGGAGAAGUUCCGGGCGAAGCACAACGAGCGCUUCGUGUCAGCCGUGCUGUCCAAGAACGGGGACUGCAUCAUCGCCACCAUGGAGAACACCCCGGCCGUGUUCUUCUGGCGGCGGGACACGGGCCAGUGCAUGGCGAGCCUCCGGGAGGUCUCGGGCACCAUCGUGAAGCUGGUGAAGUCCAGCCACCACAACAUGCUGCUCUCCCUGUCCGCCAGCGGCGUGCUGUCCAUCUGGGACGUGGACAUCAUCACGGCCAUGUCCAACAUCGACAAGACCGGGAAGCCCAUCCAGAGCCUGAUGCUGCCCGCCAGAGGGGAGAUCAUCUACUCCCUCGAUGGCUCGGACUGCGUGCACAAGUGGAACUUCAGCAGCGGGUUCAUCGAGGCGGCGUUCAAGCACGAGGGCGUGGUGGAGCACUGCGUGCUGACGUCCUCGGGGGACGUGAUGGUGACCUCGGACGACAAGAGCAGCCAGUACGUGUGGCACACGGGCAGCGGGGAGAACCUCUUCCGGAUCAGCGGGCAGCGGAUAUCGCAGCUGCUCAUCACGCACAACGACCAGUUCGUGGUGUCCCUGUGCGAGGAGAACGCGUCCCGGGUGUGGCGGCUGGCUACGGGCCACCGGGUCUGCAACAUCCUCACGCCGCUGCAGGACGCCUUCAUCACGCCCGCCAACACCUUCGUGGUGGGCAUGACCCAGAGCAAGGUGCUGGCCGUCAGCCUGUGGACGGGGAGCAUCACCAAGAAGUUCUGCUGCGAGGACGGCACCACCGUCGUGAGCGUCAAGCUGAUCCCCGACUGCCCCGACCUCAUCGUGUUCGUCACGUCGGCCGAGACGGUGAACCUGUGGAGCCUGACGGACGAGGUCAUCUGCCGCCGCGUGCAGCUCCCCGGCGGCUUCCUGAAAACCCUGGAGGACUUCGAGGUCUCCCCCAACGGCAAGCUGGGCAUCCUCUCCCGGGGAGACGAGAACAUCAACGUGCUGGACCUGCACAGCGGCAAGCUGCGGGUGGUGCACGCCUCCGGCGUCAUCUGGCGGCAGCGGCUGUCCCGGGACGGCCGCUACCUGGUGUACAUCUGCUGCCGUGGAGGGGAGGACGAGGAUGAGAACGGCGCCGUGUCCAGCCUGAUCGUCAUGAGGCUGGCCGACGGCAAGAACAUCGGCGCCUGCUCCCUGUACAAAGCGCCCACCUUCCUGGCCCUGUCCCAGCGGCACCUGCACAUCGUGGUGGGCUUCGACGACGGGAGCAUAGGGAUCUACACGGUGGUGGACCGCGUGGACGCCGCCCUCAAGAUCAAGAUCGCCACGUCCAACAGCAGGCAGAUAUUCAGCAACGCGGCCACCCAGACCUCCAGGGCCAAGUGCAGCAGCUACUGCUUCAAGGCGUCGGUGGACUGCCUGUGGAGGGAGUCCACGGAGGUGUUUGCGAGGGACAGCCCCAUCACGGUGAGCGAGCCCGCCGAGCCCAACGAGGCCACGCCCUCCAAGAAACACAAUUCUUGCUACGACCGGGUGUGCGCUGCCCUGGAGCCCAGGGGCCACAGCUACAGCCCUGACAACUGACAGAAAGGAUUUCCCUGCUCCUCAGAGACACAUAAAAGAGCACAAGAGAGCGGUGGGCAGAGCAUCUCCUGUAUCCCAAGUGAUCAACGACUCAUUUUCUUAACAGAUGAGAAAGAGGCCGGGGUCCCAGUGUGACUGAUUGCCACGAUCCUGAAAGGUGCAGAAACAGGAAAUCGGUUUUGGGGGGUGGUUCUUUCUGUCAAGUUUACCCAGGAUUGGAAGUCCUGAGACUUUCCUAGAGCAUUUGUACACAUUGUAUUUCAAUGACGACAUCCCCUGGGGAGAGAAAGGUGGUUUUUAAAACGGUGGGGAAAGAAGCAACAUAACUCACAUCAUGGGUCCAACUGAGAGAGGCUGAAGAUCAGUCGGACUGGCACCAGUUGUAUAGAAAUUGGAUGACAUCGCAAACACACAGGGCUGUUUGACUUCAGGCGAUUUGUGCAGCCAUCGGUACACACAGCCUUAAUCUCUCCUUGCAUUUUACAAUCCUGACAACUGUGUAAACCCAGCCUGCAGAAGGAAGGCCCAAUAGUGCCAAAUCGUGUAUCGAAAAUGCCCAGACGGACUCCCAGUUUCCCAAGAGAAAGGAUGUGCAAGGUGAGGCCAUGGACUGGACUGGGACGAGAGCUACCUGCCACGGUCAUAGGGCUAUCGAACCCGCAGAGUCGGCCUUCGUGAAAAUACAGUGGCGACAACUGUAUGCCAAGGUUUCUGUAUCACUGGACAUACCGUGUCUGAAGCUAUUUCCUGGGCUGCAAAAGAACAUAUUCACUAAGAAACCACAAUCUUUCAUGUCUUUUUGCAAUGCCUACGUGUGCUGGGUGCAGAGAUUUUCAGGAAGGGCAUUACGGAUUUGGUCCAAACACCUGUUCGUUCCUAUCAUCGUAAUAACAGAAGUCUGUGCUGUUCCGUCAGUUGUAUGGAAGCAUACGUUAUUUCCCAAAUCCCUGCAAUACAUCUCAACAGAAGGAACGCUUUCUCGACACGCCAUCUAUGAAACACUGACGACAUCUGCCUUACUCUUCCUCCUCCUCUUUCCUUGGAAAACCCAGAGAGGUGACCUAAUAUUCUGGGACAAAAGGAAGAUGCCUGUCUUUGUGCUAAA